CCAGGAUCAGUCAGGACAAAUGCUAAUUCAUGUCUGUCUGCUUAAUAUCAAAUACAGGUAGGACACUAAUCUUCAUUUAUUUAUUGUUGAGAUAAAAGCCAGUGGGACCUGCAGGUAUGUCUCUGGCUCAGAAUAGAUAUUUUACUUCUCAGUUGAAUUUGAACGUGUCGGUGUGGUUGCAUGUGUUAUUGUUCUAGUGCGCUGACAUAAACCAAGAGUGUACUGAGAGUUUUGCGAGUGCUCAGCCUGUGCAGGGCUUAGGAAGGAUCUCUCUUUGGGGUGGCAGUGAGGGUGUCCUUGUCUUCUGGCAAUCCCUAAAACAGUUGUGUGUGCAGAAUGCAUUAUAAUGAUUUCAGCAGAAGGAGUAAUGAGAUUGCUCUUCCUGGUUCUCUCAUAACGACUGCAUUCGAUUUUAUAUCAGAUGAUUCACUGAUAUGUACUUCUGAUAUUUUCUUGGUAAUUUCAGCACAGUCUGAUAUUUUCCAGGACUUGUAUUUCUCACAUGCGCGCAGUAGGAGAUUAUCUGUGCCAGUCACACUUUCACAUCUCAAAAUAAUCAGCCUGGUGGGGGUGGGGGUGGAGGUGGUGUGGGAGGGCGGCAUGUGUGGGGAGUAGGAGGAGUCCUCCAUCAUAUCAGUCCAUAAUAUUGAUUGUUUCCUAGUUAACGUCACUUACAGAGCAACUUGCAGGUUAAAUUUGGACACUGAAAAUAGCUGCUGAAUAAGUUAACCUAUUUUACGUGUUUGAAAAGACACAAUGGCAAAAAGUUGGAGGAAAUAUGUCUGUUUUACUGUUUUAUUAUAUUCCUCAUAUUCCUCUCUCUGAGCCUAUAUUUGAUCAACAUGCAGCAGUAGGAGGCUGCAAUUACGAACGGGCUUUUCUGACACAAACUCCAGUAAAAUAAAAGCCUCAGGACACUGCGAUCACUCUUUGUCUGUCGGUCUCUCUCUAAUCAGCCUCUAAAAAAGAUGCACACAGGAAGAGAGAUCAUAUGUGCAUGAACUGAAUUUGUUUCUCCACAGUCCUACAAUUUAUCAAUAAAAAUAAGAACUAAACUUCAGACUGCGGCUCUCUGAUUACAGAGCAAAAAGUACACAAGAUAAUGUGGUUUUCAGGUCUCAUCUCCAGAUAGUGUCAGUUAAAGCAGGUGAAGACCUAGAUAAUGUAUAAAAUCACACAGUAGGCUAGACUCUCCUCACCCUUACUAGGUCACUGGACAGGCUCAUAUGGCAGCUCUACCGAGUUUCUUUUACCAAUCAAAAAUCGAAAGAUUUAUGUUGUAUGCAGUCAGUAAAAGAAGAUGAACAAGUUUGUGAUGGAAGAGGGUUUUUCUCAGAGGAGAGGAGGUUAUUUUGUGUCAAACUCUGUAUCUUUUCCAGCUUUCUCCCUCAGGCUAUCAGACUUCGUAAUACCUCUCGUGUUUGUCUUGGUAUAAUGAGUGUUUGAAUUGAAUGUAUUCUAUUUGACAGGGAAAUUUAAAAGAAACUGGUUUUUCAAGGUAAAUUGCUUCAUUGUUGGUUUUAAAGUAGUAGGUGGAGAAAAGGUGAGCUAACAAAAUCAGCAUGUUGCGAUGAGUGUUUGUCCUUCUCGGUAAGUAGUUGCUGCUGCACCUAUGUCCACUUCUGUUUCAUAAAACGCUGCUUUAACGCUCACCAAUUUGACAUUUUUGGUCCUUUUCAGGGUUGCGAGCUAUGGAGGAGCAUGUCGGCCAUGGUAAUGGAACAAAAAAAUCUGUGGAUGUUUAAUGUACUUUUUAAAGCUAUUUUGCUAUGAAUGCUUUGGUCGUAAUUUUGUCCUAUUUAUAUUGUAUUAUUUGGAGAAAAGAAAACUACAAACAAUGGGAAUUUGUUUCAUUAUUCAAUAUUUUAUUUGAAAUUGCAUGCAUCAAAUCAUGUCUUUGGUUUUACCCUCCACCUCGUCAUUCUUGCAGCACCAGUGACUACAAAUGGAUCUGCCGUGCAUGUUUUGUGCCCUGAAGACUGUGACAUUGAGCUGUUAGAGAAUGGAAGGACCAUUGAUGAUUUCAUAAACAUUAAGAUUAAAGAGCUAACCUCAGAGGUGAGUAUAAGAAACUUCAAAGUUUUUAAAAUUUGCAUUUUCCAAUCUUAAUGCUAACCUCACUUUAUCCUUCAGGACAAUGAAGAGCCAUUCUUCGUGGCGAACCUGGACAGUAUGUUCAAGAGGCACCUCAAGUGGCUCACUAACCUACCUCGAGUCAAGCCUUUUUAUGCGGUGAAGUGCAACAACACACCAGCUGUUGUGCAGAUGCUGCGUGCUCUGGACACAGGUUUUGACUGUGCAAGCAAGGUACUUAUCAGUAUGUUAAUCUUUGCCGAUCACAAAGUCUAUUUUGUUCUCUCUGUUUUCUCAGUAUUUCUUUUUUGUUCCAUGUCCGGGGGCUCACAGGGUGAGAUUCAGCUGGCCCUGUCUCUUGGAGUGUCACCGGAAAAAAUAAUUUACGCCCACACAACCAAACCUCUUUCGCACAUCAAAUACGCCUGUUCUCAUGGAGUAAACAUGAUGACUUUUGACAGCGAGGAUGAGCUCCUUAAAAUUUCUCUCUGUCAUCCCAAAGCCAAGUAAGAAACCAACCACUUUUAUUUCCUGGCUACACUGAGGACAAAUCUUUGCUUGAGCACUGACUCAAAAUGAAUCUUUUGUGUCUAUUUUUUCAGGCUGGUUCUCCGUAUUGCCGUGGAUGACUCCAAAUCUCUCUUGAGACUCAACUUAAAGUUUGGAGCCAAGCUGGAGAAAGUCUCUAAGCUGCUGGAACGUGCCCGUGAGCUGGACUUAAACGUUAUUGGAGUCAGCUUCCACGUCGGAAGCGGCUGCACUGAAUGCGCAUCGUUCAAGCAAGCGAUAGCGGACGCCAAAGAAGUCUUUGACAAAGCAGUAAGUCAUCUGCAUACAGACAAACGUCACAAAAAAUACAGUACAUUUGCAUGUUCAGAGGAGUCGCCUUUGUUUGACCAAAGUUUGUUGGGACGACUGGCAAAAAGAAAGUGGAAAGUUUAAUGUUGCAUAUAUAUCCAAGGCUUAAAAUCAACUAAUUUACUUGAUAGAAUUGGUUUGAUUGGUUUUAUAAGUGUUGGGUUGAUUAGACAAGCAGCUGAUAAAUAAUCCUUACCAAGAGAGACACAUCGCUCACGAUCCAUGUCAUGGCGUUGGGCCUCCUAACAGACCUUAUAGACCUCCUUACAGUGCCAAAGGGCCAAUCCCAAGUGUAGAUUUAUUCACCAAAAAUCAGAGCUCUUCAACAUUUACAUCGAUGUGCACUCUUCACGUUAAUAGCAUCAGUAAGUCUGUGCAUUUUGCAAGGUGGAGAGUGAAUGUAACAUGGGAUGAACUAAAUAGAGAGGCUGAAGAGUUGGAGAUAUUUCACACUGGUUUCACAAAAAACUCUGAUAGCAACUUGCAGUAUGCAAAGCUCAUGUUUUCGAGGGAUGACAGUGUGAAGUAAUAGCUGAGAUCGUCACAUAACACAAGCCUCACACUGAUCAUCUUUUGUGAUAAUGGAACAUGUGGGGAAAGAUCAGAAAACAUCUGUAAGGAGUGUGCUGCUGAUGUAUGUCAAAAGGACAGGCGUGAAGGGAAACAUUAGAGGGGAAAAGGGGGGACAUACUGCUGUCUGUAUAAUGACAGGUUAGCUGCAGGAGAAGUGUGUGUGGGAGGUGGAGGGAUUAUUGUUUAUGUGUUGAUGUUGCCAAAACAUAACUCUUAGUCUAAUCCUCACAUUAAGGGAUAGAUUUAAUGAUGAGGAUGUGGAAGUGGAUCAGAUGAGUAUAGGUUUCAGCGUCGACCAAUAUCAAAGUCAAGGUAUGAGUACCAGGACUUCACAAAUUGGAUCAGUGUAUCCCUAUACAACAGGAUUAUUGAUCGACCACCAGUCCCUGUAUUAGCGAUUUGUUGUCUUCUCCUACAUAAAAAUGGGGGAAAAUCCCAACAACAACUUUCUGCACAUGUGUAAAGGUUGUGAAAAUGGCCAUGCUUUUGAGUUCUGAUAUGAGGGAGAAAAGAAAACUAAUAUUUUCAGUGGCACUGAUCACUGACAGCUCUGAACUAUGGGGCUAUGACAGACUGUAAUUGUACAGGACAGCUUGUGAAAAUGGGUGAGACAACUAGUCCGUGUGAUAAAAGCAAACUAUCUUUCAUGACUAAAUUUGUCUGCCGCUGACUUGGUCCUUGAUUUUUGCCAUGACUGUUGACUCAUCGAUGCACAUCUGGCACAGUGCAUUCAUGUAAAAAAUAGUUUGCCAAUGUGGAUCAUUAUAUUUCAAAGUUGACCACACCAGACUGAUGAAGCCAAACGAAUACAAUCUAAACUCUUAUAUGUGGACUUUUUUUAUAAGGUCAAACUGAUGUCUCUUUCAGAAAAUGAUGGGGUUCCAAAUGACUCUCCUGGAUAUUGGUGGAGGUUUCUCUGGCAGAGAGGACUUCGAAGUAAAAUUUGAGGAGGUAAAUUUGAGAAAUAUACCUUGUUAGUGCUUUUUUUUUUUACAGGCUGCCAUACAGCACUCAGUAAAACAUGAACACUUUAACCGUGUUCACACAAUAUUAGUGAAAAAAUCUUUGGAAACCAAUCUACAUCCUGUCUGUCAGUACCAGUUACAACUCCAAAUAGAUUCAGUGUCAUGCUACGUGAGGCAGGCCACAAAGUCAAGCUGAGAACUAGACAUUAGCUAACAUUAGCAUUAGCCCUGAUCAGCUGACAGCUCACUCAGUUACCUUCUAUAUUGGCCAUUUGAGCUUACUAUUUGAACUGCUUUAACCUGCCUGCUUUCCUCUGCAAACCCCUAUGCAACCCGCCUCUAUAUCUGCUUUGUUCUGAGUCUUUGCUUCUGCUCUCCCUGUCUUGACUUGAUGUGUAUGCACAUACACCAGGUUUUAGCAUCCCAAGUCCCCAUGUGUAAAGGCAGGGAGCUCUCCAAUAUUUUUUACUUUUGUGGUUCCCGUUAAACUGAAAUUAUCUCCCAUUAAUUGACAUCAAUGUAAAACAACUGAAACAUACCUUAGUGUUUCUCCAAUGAAAUUCACAUGAGGACAAUGAUUUGAGUUGUAAUUUACACUUUAAGUGGAACUAGUGCAACCCUAGAACAUUAGUAUGGUGUAAAAUUCAGCCUAAAUCAAAAGUUAACAAUUGCAUUUUCCCCUUCUAGUUCACAGAGGUCAUCAAUGACGCCCUGGAUAAAUACUUUCCCCCAGAGAGUGGGGUGAAGAUUAUGGCCGAACCAGGCCGCUACUAUGUGGAGUCGGCCUUCACACUGGCAGCCAACAUUAUUGCCAGAAGAGUCAUCACAGAUGACAUGAAGGAACUUUGCAGUAAAGUAUCAAUAUUUUUUAGGCCUUGUAAAUAUUGUCUGUUGAUUGAUUAUUCUUUGUGUAAACCCAAGAAAUCAAGUUCACAUUAAUAUUAUCAAACAUGGCAUACUGAUAUUUGAAUAUAUUCAGCACACACCCCCACAAUAUCACUGAUAAGACUUCCCUUAAGGCACUUUUCAGAUGUUUUUGUGUUGUGACUGUCUGCUCAGGCUGGUUAAGUACAGCUCACAUCCUCCAUUUUUGUACAAAUCAUCAGUGUACUUAUGCUCUGAGACCGAGGGUGUCAAUCAAUGGUCAGGUAAAGAAGACAGCACCCUCUGCUGGACCAAACGGCUUUAGACAGCCUGAUGCACUGCUAGACUUGAAGGUUAAGAAAGACUCAAAUUUUGAAAAGAGGGACAGCGCUAUCACCCAGUGGAAAUUUGUCUUUGUACUUUUAUAUACAGUAUAACAAUACUCUAAUUGAAUUUUCUACCUCCUAUCUAAAAUAAUCACUGUCAUUCACUGUGUAUUGUUUUGUUUUUUUCCAAGAUGGAAAUAAUGAAAACUGCCCCGACAAGAUGAUGAUGUACUACCUUAAUGAUGGUGUUUAUGGCUCCCUAAGUUGCCUUAUCAAUGAUGCUGCCCACACUGCGGUCGAGCCAUACCUGCACAGGGCAAGUAUCCAUUAUGACACGUAAAAAUUGAGAUUUUGCUAAACAAUGAGAUGUUUCAUGUUUCUAAGCCUAAAAUAACAAAUGACACACUGAGAGGAGAAAAUACAACCAGCCCAGUUAAUUAUCUGUGUUUUCCACAGGCUGUUGACAGCAGUGAGCAAAGAUACCCCACUGUUGUUUGGGGUCCGACCUGCGACUGCCUCGACAAAGUGACUGACAACAUCUGGUUUCCUGAGCUGCAGGUGGGGGACUGGCUCCUCAUUGACAACAUGGGGGCUUACUCAGUCAGUCUAACCACCGACUUCAACGGCUUUGAAAGAGCGAAUAUCUACUCUGUACUGAGUGCAGAUAUUCUCCAUGCCCUAAACCUCUCCCACACCUACAAAAUUAUGCAAGACUGACCCGAUAACAUCUCUGCACACAUUGG